CAGGGCUCCUGCCAGGCAUCAAAGACAUCUAUAAAAGCAGACUGGUUCAGGCCCCAGCAUCCCGCUCGAUCACCACCUGUCGCCACACAAUGUUGGGAGGCCUGGAGAAGCUUGCCGCCGAGGGUCUGGCCCACCGCACGGAGAAGGCCACCAAGGAAGCUGUUGACAUCGUGGAGGGAGUGGUGAAGGAGGUGGUGGAGCCUGCCAAGGAGGCUGCAGAGAAUGCCAUUGCUGAAGCUUUAAAGAAGACCCAUGAGACAAGGGACAAAGUGGUAAAGGAAGUCGCUGAAACAGUGACCGGCACAGUCACAAAUGCUGUCACGCACGCAGCAGAAGGCCUGGGCAAACUGGGACAGUGAGCAUGCCUGCCACUAGCAGGCUCUUCCUGAAUCGCAAUAAAAAGCUGUGA